GCUGUAGAUCUACCAGGGAAGGACGACGCGAGUGUAGCGAAAAUUCUUAUUCAGCGAGCAGAGAUAUACUCCAGGCUGGGACGUCGAGAUGACGCCACAGCUGAUAUUAGAUCUGCUGUUCAAAGAGGUGGAACGAACAGAGAUAUUGUCAAAGCUGCUGAAUCGCUCAUUCAAAAAAUGUAUGUCGAAAUCCAAGAUACACAGGCGAAGCAAAAAUCCAACCAAGUCACGCCAGAAGAUAGUCCUAAACUUCGACGAUACAAGGAUAUCAUCAGAUCAGUGUCAGAUGCCGACAAUGAGACCAGCAAUAUAAAGAAACUUAUAGUGUCGAAAGAUUUUGUCGAUAUAUUGCAGUCUUGUGGAGAUCCAGCCGAAACCAGCGACGUCAAAACAGCCGCCAUCAUCGUCAUCACAAGUACUUUGAAUAGCAGGUCAAUGUCAGAAAAGCAAGAAAACGGAUCACCCCUUCUUACGAAGGUGACCAGUAUAGCGGGCUUGUGCUUUAAGCAAUGCUUUGAUUCCGGAAAAGCGGCAGACAAGGUCAAUGCGUUCUCGACCUUGACAGUAUUGUUUCAGGCAAACCUCUCUGUCGGUGCCGAGAUCCUCAAUCAGCAAGGCUUGCUGGAGGACAUCAUGGACACCAUUGAUUUUGAGAAGAUUGAAGUACAAGUCGCUUUCGCAAAUACCCUGGCACAAGCAUGCUCUGAUUCGCAUUGUCGCAAAAAUAUAUCAAAAAACUGCAGCAGCUGGCUUGCCACAAAAGCAUCGGCGAAAUCUGAAAAAGACUCCAAACUACACAUUUCGGCAAGUGUUGCCUUGACUAAACUAAGUAAUGCAAACGACAAAGGAACAGACAGUACUGGUCUGGAUAGCAGUGCCACCAACAACGAAGUAGAUCAUCUUGCUAGUGCAAUGAAGGAACACAAUAUCAGCAGAGAACAGCUUUCUGAAACGUUUAAAGACGCUAUCAAGGACAGCUCAACCGAUAGCUCACAACUAUUGGUUGCAGUUGAAGGUCUGGCUUACAACAGUAUGGAAGCAUCUGUCAAGGAGGCGCUUGUCAACGAUGUAGAAUUUUUGUCCCGUCUCUUCAAACUUGCUCAAACAAAGGAUGGUCUCAGUGCCAUGUUGUUUGGUAUUGGAACGAUAUUGGCUAAUGUGACAGGGUAUUUGCCAGUGCUGAGCGAGCAGCAAAAGCAAAUGAAGAAGCUCAGAGACCUCGCCAAUGCCAAAGGAGCUGGAAAAGGUGGAAAGAAGCCGAAGGAAGAUGAGGAAGAUCCACGAGACCAGGAUGAAGCUGUCAAUGCGCGCAUCGCCAUCGUGGUCAAACAUGGUGUGGUCCCAGCUCUCAUAGAACUCAGCCGAAACAAAAGCAGCAAUGUACAAGCCGUUACCUGUCAGACCUUUCUCAACAUCAUCACCCCGAACAACCUUCGUGGCACGAUUGUUCAGCAAGGUGGAGCGAAAUGUCUUUUGCAACUGGUGGGUGCUCAGCAAACUGAGAAGCUAGAUUACAUUCAAGUGGCGUCGCAAGCCCUUGCGAAGAUUGCCAUCACUAUGGAUCCGCGCAUUGCUUUCCCGGGAGCAGCUGCUCACAACCUUGUCAAGCCUCUAUUAAAACUCUGUCAAGAUGAGAAACCACUUCGUAACUUUGAAGGACUCAUGGGUCUAACGAAUUUGGCAUCCAUGGACGAAAAUAUCAGAGCUCGGAUUUACAUGGAACAAGGGCUCCCCAUCAUCGAAGGCCUACAGUUUUCCGAAAAUGUGAUGAUUCGAAGGGCAGCGACCGAGCUUUUAUGCAAUAUGAUGUUUGCUGCCCCCGUGUUUGAAUCGUACAGUGACCCAAGCCAACCUGGUGCUCAAGCGAAGAUCAAGCUGUUGCUUGCGCUAUCUGACGUUGAGGACUUUGAAACUAGACGAGCGGCUUCCGGCGCACUGGCCAUACUGGCCAACAGUCCUGGAGCAUGCACGAUGAUGAUCAAGGAAAAUGGGUACCAGAGAGUUUCGCAGCUCUUGGAAAAAGACGAGAAUGUAGAGGUUCAGCAUAGAGGAGUGGAAAUUGUCCGAUGUCUUUUGGAGCAUGGAACCAAGGAAGCAGCCACCUCGAUGGCACAACACGGCGUGCAUUUAAAACUAGUAGAUAUUGCAAAAAAUUGCAAAGUGCAGCCUGUUCGAGGUGCAGCCAUGGAGGUUUUGAAGCAGUUUAGUCAAAAUGGAGUGACCGAUUUUAAUGGAUAGAUAGAAUGAACAAUGACAUUUUAUGAUAAAAGUUGCAAGUAAAAUACAAGUACAUUGGGAUGAACGAUUUUUUAAGAAUGAGAGUGUGGGUUUGGUUGGCUUCUAUUUGAAUGGAGCUUUCAGUGGGUCGAUGACACGAC